GUCCGUUGGCAAAUUGUAUUGUAAUCGAUCGUUCCGUGAAUCAUGCGGUCAGAGUGAACAGAUAAUCAAAAAAAGUGGCGAUUUAUACAUACCACGUGUGCAAAAAGAGAUCCUUACGAAACAUUGCAAUCGACCAGAAUUCGGCGAGAUAAACUUAUAUAUAUAUCUCGCCGGUCAGACGUAUGAAAAUACGAAAGAUAAUCAGUCAGUACGUGCGAGUAACGUUUACGAUUAGUUAUAUACGAACGGUAUCGUCGAGUUACGCGUUCUUCGGCCGAAGACGAAGUUGCAUUUGUGCAUCUGGCGAAAAACGAUCUUCUGUUUUUUUGUCGUUUUGCGCAUUUUGAAGAUACAAACAUACAAAUUCAUGCAGUGGCUGCGUUGCGUUUUUCAUUCGAACAUUCAUUAUUGAGAUGUUAAAUUCGCUGUGAGCGUCGAGUCCUCUGCAUCGAUUUGACCUUCGACUUAUCGAAACGGAACAAACAAGAUCAUUGCUUGGAUUCGCUCGACCAACGGUAACAACGGUUUCAUCAGAUAACGCAAGAGGAUAAAACGAAGAUUCACGUUAUUUAUGGGAUAUAGAAUAUAUAAAAUAUUUUCAUUUUGCUUUCUUUGCCCGUACUUUGUCUUUAAGUGUCACGAUGAAUUACGAAAUACCUUGCGACUUACAGAUGCCCUAUCUGCGGGCGAUUCAAAAGAUACCAGGCAAUACUGCCAGUGAGAAAUGGCGUUGGAUCGGUAGAUUGACUUUCCAUCAGGUCAGCGGGGAUCUUGAACAACUUCCGUCAGAAUUGCUGCCUAUAUUGCGUGUAGAAACUGCCGUUAAGAAGAAGAAACACGAGGAUAUAACUUGGGCGCUCAAGUGCGAAGACUUGACAAUAAUAAACCGAGCUCUUAAAGCCUCUUGGUUUUUUGAUGGCAGUCACAAAAAGAUCGUUAACAUUGCGUAUUUCUGCGAACGUCUCUUCCCUUACGUUUCCGUAAACACGAGGACGCGUAUUGUGAUUACACUUGCGCAUCGAUUGUCCGGCAAAGAUCCAGUUUACGCGCAGGAAAUGUUCACGGCAGUGGCAUCUAUUUACAGCGUACAAGCCGCUUACCCGUUGAUCAUGGCUUGCGAUGAGGAUUUUGCUUAUAAAAUAAUUGUGGAGAAGAAACUCGUGCUGCCUGUUGAAAUUGUUAAAAAAAUCUUCCGCAAGAAUCCGGAUUUGAUAGUGCGUUUUCUCAAAUUAUUGAAACCUUGCGAACUAAAUGCAACCGAGCACACUCCCUUCGCGAUCGGCAUCGAAAGAUACAAAUGUUUACUGCCUAAAUUGAUAAAGAAACGAUUGGAAGCUUUUGUGGAAUUGUGUGAGAUACAUGAAACUAAUCCACCGAAUAUUGUUUUGAGCAAUACGUGUGCCGAAAUAUUUCUGAAAAAAGCUCGCCAACACCUGAUAAAAAAGCCACUUUUAUACAUCUCCAUUUUACCACUCAAUAAGAUCAACGAGGAUUUAAUGGAGAAAAUAUUUCCAGGUCUGUUGCCCACAGAAAUUUCUUUCUUUGACACAGAUAGUAUGCUCAAUUAUUUGAAGCAUUAUCCACGUAAUAAACAAUACGAUUUGCUUUGUAAAUCAUAUAAGAGUAAAUACGAUGCUGAUCUUCUCAAAGCGACGAAAAACAUUACGCCUGCUUUAUUACAACUAUUACCUGCCGAGGAACGGAUCAAACAGGCUAAAAUAAAAAUCGAGAUGCAGAGUUUAAAGACUAAUCAUUAUGAAUAUACAAUGGAAUAUGAAACAGCUUGGAUUUGUUAUUUACCUGUAAACGAAGCCAUACCGGUUAUCAAGGAAAAAAUAAAUAAUACUCCAGAUGAAAUAAACAGAUUGGGUCUUCUUUUGCAAAUGAUUUACGUUUGUAAGGUCAAUGAGGACGAUAAUGCGUUGUCCGAUACUUUGACAUAUUUCUUAAAAAGACAUAAAAACGAAAGCGAUUGGCUAUUCCAACAAGUAUUUCAACAACUUCUGCUAAUAUACGAUUUACCUCAUUUAAGUGAAAAGCAGAUUUCUCUUGUACUAGACAUUGUUCGAUUGUUGUACGUAAAAAAUAUAUCCAUACCGGAAGAAAUACUCUCGGCUAUGAUACAUUUCAAAUUUAUACACAAUAUACCAAUUGAGGAACUGAUCGAUAUAUUUCUAGAAAAUAAUUAUUAUUACGUAAACUUUAACAUUCUCACAAAAUAUCCACAGUAUGAGAGACAAUGUCUCGUAGCUUUCGCAAAUAAAAUUCAAACAAAAUCUUUUAAAGAUCUUGAUCAAAGAGAAAAUAACGUUUGCCGACUUGUUACAGCAAUAUACGAUUUCAAUGAUAGAUGUAAAAAGUUGCGCAUCAUGAUAGAAAAAAUGACAAUUAGAGAUUAUCCUGGGCUACUGGAUAUUAUUCACGAAAUAAUAUGUUCCGGAAGAAAGUCAGACGUGAAAAAUGUAUUGCAAAAGAAUGAACCCGAAUUAUACCACAGUUGGUUCCCUUCAAAUAUCGUGGAUGUAAUGUCAGGCGCGGCGCUCACUUUAUUAAAACGAGAUUUGCAAAACAUAUUGGACAAUUGGGAAGAAUAUUUAGCAGACUGUUUGAAGAACUACCAUCUCAAACACGUACAACACUUUGUCAGGGUUACACGUUGGUGUAAAGACUUACCCAUUAAAUUUGCUGAGCGUUGCAUGAAUUAUGUUCACGAUAAAAAUAUAGACAAAACAUCGCCCAGCGUAGUUAUUUUGGCCAUUUUAUUUUAUGGUGAUGAAUUGACAAAAUUAAUCGAACCUCUUAUACCCACAGAAACAGCGUUAGAUAUUAAUCAUCCGAAUGCUAAAGAUAAUUAUAAUAUCAUACAAAAUUUACCACUGAGCAUGAGACUUUCCAAUCCACCAGUGCCUCUCGAGCUCGUAGUUACAUUGUGCGUAGGAGAUUACUUGUUAAUAGCUCUGAAGACUCUAACAAACGUAAGUAGGCGGACUUCUUUGCCGAAAGUGAUAUCAGUUGUACAAAAGUUGAUGAAUAUGCGUGUGAGCACACGAAAACACGGGAUUAGACUGAUGUAUUUAAUAGCUUCUGAGCGAGAACUUAUGGAUUUUCUUCAGAAAACUUGGGCAACCGAAAGCCAUUAUUCAAUACGACAAGUUUUGUUCAAGAUAUUUCAGAAAUUAUUCCUCGCAAAGCCAAAUCCCGAAACCUGGUCCCUAUAUUGUCAAACGAUGUCGACGUUGACUCUCGAGGACAAAGCGCUGCUUUUAGAAAUGAAACUGUUUCCCGAGAUCCCUAAUGAAUAUGUCAUGAAAUAUCUCGAUCUGUGGCUCGAAACGAUAGACGAUCUUGAAAAAAUGGGACUGGACAAUCAGGAGGCAAACAAAUACAUUGCCAAUUAUUUGACCGUGCUUACUGAAUCCGUUUUCAAUCUUCUUUCUGAUAAAUUUGCCAAGAAUAUACUUCAAAGGUUUUUGUUCCAUAUGAAUAGUGAUAUAUCCAGCGCAGCGAGACGCUUUACGAUAUCGUACAUUUUAUCAAAAGAUCAUGAUAAAUAUGCAGCACGUAUCAAAGUAUUUGCCGAUGUCUUUCAGAACAAAGUGAAAACUUAUUGGAAUAUGUCCCAUCCUAAAAAAUUACACUACUACCCAGUUAACAAAGCCGUGCAUUUAUUUCUAGAUGAUUUUGUCGUUAGCUACAUGGAUAAGUUUUGCUUUAAUAAAUCCAUAAUUAAUCCGGAAGUCAUUGAUAACAUGCAAAUGAUAUUUUCAUCUAUCUUGUCACCUAAACAAGACGCAAAGUCUUAUUUGCUGUUGGUAUACGCGAAGAAGUUGCAAGAAUGUACAUCAACCAAGGACUCCUUUGGCCUGAGACUUGGUCAACAGUUGCACGAAUUAAUCGACAUCUUUUCAUCUCUACUAAUUUCAUCAAUGGCCGAGAUUCUCAAGUACUUCCUAAGCAGAGUAUAUAAACGUUCCGAUUUGGAAGAAGUCAAUCUGAGUGUUAUAGAAGGCCUUGUUGAAGCUGGCAAUACGGAUUCAUGUUUUAUGGCUGUAAUGAUGUUACCGUCGACGAUCCAGACAAAACACGUGGCAAGAUAUAAUCGAAUCAUCGAAAAGUUUCGAGAAAUGCAGAAGGAGCCUAUUACAAUCAUUUUAUACAAUUAUUUGAACGAAACGGAUUUGGAAAUUACUGAUUAAACAAAUCGAAGGAACGAAUAAAUAUGUGCAAGAUAUACACCCGUUUUAUAUGGCUGUGGCAAUAUUAUAUCAUCGACGAUCCAGACGAAACGCGUGGUAAGGCAUGAUCGAAUCAUCGAAAAAUUCCGAAGAAUGUAUUAGGAGCUACUAUCACGACCGUUUUAUACAAUUUAUGCAAUCAUUUUAUACAAUCAUUUAAACGAAAUUAGCUUGAAAAUUAAUAACUAACACGUUUGCUGUCCGUCAUGCGUGAUACUGACCUAUCACAGUAAAAUUAUGAGAAAUCUCAAAUCGAAAUCAGCUAAAUAUUAAACACUGUUUUAAAAUGUUGUGAAAUAGGCUUUCAGAGGUGUUUUUUCAGAUGGGUAGUAAACGUGUUAAAAAA